AUGCUUCCCAACGCCACAAUCCUCACAAACAUCACUCGCAGAACAACAGGAACCAUAGCCCACCUCACAAUCUCUCGCCCAGCCAAACUAAACGCCCUUAACACCCCUCUCCUUGAACAACUCCCAAAAUCUGUCGUAUCAAUCACAUCCCAAAAUGCAGACCUCCUCGGCAUAGUCCUCACUGGUGUAGGGCCGAAAUCCUUCAUCGGCGGAGCAGAUAUAUCCGAGAUGGCACAGUUAAACUCCCCUCCGGCUGCAGAAGCAUUCAUCACGAAGGUCCACACGGCAUGUAACAGUAUCCGCAACUGCCCUGUCCCAGUAAUCGGGCGUAUCAACGGGUAUGCACUCGGUGCAGGGUUGGAAAUGGCAGCAUCCUGUGAUUUGAGGGUUGCAAGCUCAAAUGCAGUGUUUGGAAUGCCAGAAGUUCGAAUUGGGAUUCCCAGCGUUGUCGAGGCGGCUCUUCUGCCUGGACUUAUUGGGUGGGGUCGUACCAGGCAGCUUCUUAUGCUUGGGGAGAAUAUUGAUGCUCGAGAAGCGUUCCGGUGGGGUCUUGUGGAGAAGGUUGUCGAACCGGAAGAGCUGGAUGAAGCUGUGGAGAUUUGGUUGUCUCAGCUAGAUAAGAAUGGACCCCUUGCUGUGCGAAAGCAGAAAUCAUUGAUGCGGACUUGGGAGAAUGUUUCAAUGGAUGAGGCCAUUCAAGCCGGUAUUUCUGUGUUUAGCGAGGCUUUUGUUGCCGAGGGAGAGAGAACGGGGCCAGCAAGAAUGAUGGGGGCUUUUUUCCAGGCUUAG